CCAACCAAACAGUCACCCCACAGUGUCAUUCCCGGUGUAGCUCUCUGCGCGAACAGUCCUCUCCUCAGAAGUGGAAGUGUACGCUGCCAUAAAAAAAAAUCUAGAAACUCAUAGCUUUCAACAACUACCAUCAGCAGAAAAUGUGAUCCUCCCCGUUUCCGCCGGAAAAAGCGGAAAUGCUUAACAUAGUUGCACAGUGAUCCAAUUUCUACAUAUACGUAUUAUAGUGUUCGUAUUUAAUUGCGCGAUCGGUUGUUCUCCAGGUUUUUUCGGUUGCACAACUGUCCAGCACAGCACUGUCGCCUUUUAUUGUUCGGUUUUUACUGACGGUCGCCAUUGAUUGGUAGGUUCUAGGGGCGAGGAUUUCCUCUACAUAAUGGCUUCCUACGGUCACAGUUCGGUGGCCGCCUCGAUUCUGAAGUCUCCGCCAACGGCGCUGCAGCUUUUGUUGGAGGAAAUCAACUUCCAGCGGACCAAGGAGAUGCGCCAGCUGUUAAAAGACGAUGGCGGCUUCGUGGUGCUGCAGGGCACAACCUACUGGACCGACCUGUUCGUGCGGCACUUCCUGUUCCAGACCGAGAAGGUGCACAGCAUCGACUGCGACGAUCUGUUGUUUUUCGUGCGCAAGAAACACGUCAAGGGUUCAUCGCGGACGAUGCCCAAGUACGAAACCGACAUCGAGGUCUUCCGCAAGGAUUCCCGGAAGCUACCGAUCGGCGAUCCGGAUGUCGAUUGGGAGGAAACGGUUUACCUGAACUUGGUAAUCCAUCAGUUUGACUAUACGUUGACACUUGCCAUUUGCACACGGACGUCUCCGAAAGAACUGCAGGUGUUGAGGCGCCAUUCCCAGAAGGUUUACGCCUCGCCCAGCCGAAGGAAGAUGGACACCAAGGGCGAAAGUGAGGAGAUAACCUAUCCGCACAUUUGCUUCAUGGUGGACAAUUUUGACGAAGUGUUCCAUGAUAUACUGGUGCGAGAUGGCGAAAUGGUUUGCGUGGAGCUUGUGGCAUCGGAUCGAGAUGGGAGUGUGCAAGGUGUGAUCUUUCUGGGUUCGAUUCGGUACGACGCGCUCAAGAAAGUCUACGAUGCUCGGCAAUCUAGUCUAAGUUCAAAGGUGGCACAACGAAUGUCGUUCGGGUUGUUCAGCUCCGGUGGACCGUCAACACGCUGUGAGUUCGUGCGAAUGAAGGGACCUCAAGGGAAGGGACACGCUGAGAUGGCUGUUACCAAACCCAAAGGAUCCGGUGUGGAAACUCCAACCAGUGAACCGGGAUUCUGCGCCACCGACAUGUGGGACUCGGAGUGGGAGGAGGAUUGUGACGAGUACUACAACUAUCGGCACCAGCGGCGGCUCAGCGAUCCGAGUGCCAAUCUGAACAACUUUAGCCGGUACGGUUGGAAGGCGAAAAAUUCGAACGAUUCCACCUAUGGUUCCUCGAAGGCCCGGUCGGAAAACGAAGGGCUGGAUUGUUUGGCGAACGAGGUUUCCGAAAUCGAAGCCGGCGAUUUGAGAGAUGAUGAUCGUCCUGCUUCGUCGGUGUCCGACUCGAAGCUGGCAGUGCUACCGGGUGAUUGUCACGGGGUCACUGCAAGUGAUGGCGCUACUACGCAUGGCUCUUUGGGCCUAGCUGAGCAGCGGUUUUCGGAAGGGGGCCGACGUAAAAGCCGUAAUAGUACGGGCUGUUGCAACUGCUUCGGGCCUCGAAAACGCUGGAGCGAUACGGCUUCGGCACAAAUGUCCGACAUGUAUUAUGUACCGUGUGCCAAGUGUGAGCGAGAAGCGCAGGAGCUAAACGAUUCGCCCGCUUGCCUGAGUACGGUUUCGAAAGGACGGACUGGCGCCAAGCAUCGCAAUUUACUGAUAGUGGAAAGUGAGAUUGAGUUUCCGGGAUCCGGUGGAGCGAAGAAAAAUAAUGGAAAGAGUUGUGGAUCCGAUAAGAAGAGCCCCAAGAAAGACAAGAUAGUCUUAUCGCCAAGUAUGAAGAAAAAAGAACAAGCGGUGACCAAGAGUAGAAGUGAGAAGCCUCAACAACCGGAGGAAGUCGAGAUAGCAGAUGAUGCCGUUUCACUGAGUGGAGACCUGGCUGACGAUGGGAUGAAGGUGGGAGCAGUGAUGAACGAAUACGAUGCUCAUCAUAGGAUAAAAGUAAAUGGAAAAGAAGAGUUUCCCGUCGAAGAGACUGUACACUCCAAGGGAAAAGCAAUAGUAGCACAACAGAAAAACUCUCCAAAGCCUGGACGAGUGAUACCGAAAAGAGACUCCAACCGAGGAGACUGUGAUAAGAAAACCACGAAAACGACCACACCCAAUAACCCAAAUAACAGUACAACAAGUAAUCGAUUCUCCCUCAUAUACCGUAAGAGUAGCAACAAAUUGACUAUGAAACAAAAGUAUCCUUCAGUGGAUAGCAGUACUGAUAACGCUAACAACAAACCGAGUCGUCGAAACAGUGGAACCACAGAAACUACCAAUAAAGAAGACGUCAAUGGAAACACGAACACGACAAAACUCGAGACCACAGGAACGACCACCGAGAAUGAAACGACCUCCGAACAGGAACGACAGGAAAGUUCCAAUAUCGUUGAAGCGUUGCGAUUGCUUCGCACCAAAAAGUUAUGUGCCACGUUGCCUAAGGUUAAGAAGCCAACCUACAACAACUUCUACAUGAGGCCACACAAUCUCAGCGAGCGAGCAGUGGAUCAAGUUCCGAAACGGCGAACUCCAGACGGAACCGACAUUUAUUACUGGUGUGAUUACCACCCGAAAAAGAACAAAGAACUGGACGACGGCGCCUACAAUCCGCUCUGGACGACCAAAGGUUUCACGCAAACAUUCCACUUCUGGAAGGAGAACCGACGUCAGCAGUCGACGCCGCUCAACGCAUUCCUAACGUACGUAACGCUGCCUUGGUGGAGCAUAGCGAAAGAUCUUCUUGAUCAUCGCGAACAACCGAUACUUACCUUCUAGAUACAGUUCGGAACUGGAUCGAAUCUUGAAGGCUCCAUCUCUAGAAGCAAGUGCUUAGUCAUCAAUCUCUAAAUGUGGUAUUCCUAAAAAAAAUUGCAGUAAACGGAACACGCAAACUCAGCGAGGUAAAUAUUUUAUACUAUCGCCACACGAACUCAUCUAACUACUACAAUAAUGAAAAAUGGUAUUGAAAGGUUUUUGUUUUGGUCAUUAUUUUUUGUAGGAUAAUAGAAAAUAAGGCUAGGGACUGCUCAGUGCUUAUACAAUUUGUACGGCUUAUAAUAGACGUAUUAUUAAAAUAAUUUUUCGAGGGAAAGGAUUUCUUUAGUGAUUUUUUAACAUAAUUUUAAAUGAUAUUUUUAAUUUCCUAUAGUAAGUUUGUAAUCCUAGUCAUCGAGACCAGUGAAAAAAAUUGGAACGAAGAAUCUCUAGUUUAAAAAAAAAAUUUUUUGUUGCAUUUUUAGUGAUAUUUUAUUUCCAAAAGCUAAAUUUACGGUCGAUAGCAUUCUUAUGAUUACAAAUUUAGCUGUUACUUAAGCCAGCACUGGUACCACUGAAAGACCUAGAAACGUUCUGCAAGGACAACAAAUAGCAAACAGGAAAAAAAUAAAUUCUUAUGCGUAACAUCUA